AUGUCAGUUUUAGCCUUAGAACGCUCAACUGCUAUUAAUGCAGUUCUCCAAGCCAGCAAAGUUUGUCAAGCUGUUUUUCGAAAUUUAGCAGACGCAAAGGCAAUAACGAAAAAAGAUAAAACUCCAAUUACGGUCGCCGACUAUAGUGCACAAGCAGUCAUUAACACUAUAUUAGGAAAAACAUUCCCCAAUGACCCUAUAGUUGGGGAAGAGGAUACCGAUGAAUUACGCGGCGACGAAAGGAAACCUUUACGCGAAAAAGUUCUCGAAUUGACAAAUUCUAUAUUAGACGUGCCUUUAGAUGAAAACAAAUUAUUGAGUGCGAUUGAUCGAGGAACUCAUCCGGGUGGAAUAAAAGGAAGAAUGUGGACGUUGGAUCCUAUCGACGGAACGAAGGGAUUCCUCCGGGGAGAACAAUAUGCCGUGUGCCUUGCCUUGAUCAUUGACGGUCAAGUCGAACUCGGUGUAAUGGGAUGUCCUAAUUUACCGUUUGAUUUGAAAAAUAAAGAAAGCGAAAGAGGUUGCUUGUUUGUUGCUGUAAAAGGACAAGGCGCUUUUCAGCGUAAAUUUUCUUCUUCGGAUGAGCUGCCCAUCCAUUUUGCGAAUAUUUCUUCUCCAUCCGAGGCAACAUUUUGCGAAUCAGUUGAAGCGGGACAUUCUUCACAUGAUGACGCAGCAAAAAUUGCAGCCUUAUUAGAAAUCAGCAAACCACCAUUUCGCGUGGAUAGUCAAUGCAAAUAUUGUUGUAUCUCAAGAGGUGAUGCAAAUAUUUAUUUACGAUUACCUACGAACGUUCAAUACAUCGAAAAUAUUUGGGAUCAUGCUUCUGGUUCUUUACUUGUUAACGAGUCAGGAGGCACCAUAUCUGAUCUUUACGGCAAAGCUUUAGAUUUCUCAUUGGGACGAAAGCUAAAGGCUAACACUGGUAUCGUUGCUUCCCACCCAAACAUACAUUCUCAAGUUCUCGAUGCAAUCCAACAAGUUAUCAAAAAAGAGAAUAUUAACAAUUAA